AACAAGUCGGUUGUUUUUUCUCUUGUGGUGGAGUGUGUUUUUUAGCCGCGAGUUUUGUUGUUGUUGUUGUUUGCGUGGCGUUGUGUUUAUGACAAUUACAACAAGUGAUUAUUAGAAGAAGACAUGUUGUGUUGAAGAGGCUAGGCUAUGGCUGUCUAAGAAACACACAGGUUAGACUCCUUCCUCUGGAGUACAGUUAUUUGGGCUGUUAUUUUCGCCACCUCCCAGUUCCUGUUCCUCCAAAAUGGUUCGGUGGAGCGCGCGCUCGCGGCGCCAAGCUCGCCAGGAUAAAGUGGAGCUAUUGGCCAGCAACAACAAAGUGAAUGGCGAGGACGAUACGUCCGAUAACGCCGCCUUUCGCAACUCAACUGACCUAUCCGACCACGAUGAGAUCUUCCUCAAGGGAUUACUGCGUAGUAACUCCAAUACGCCCCACAAGGAACUGAUGCUGAAUCCGACCGAGCCGCAGCCAGUGCCAGUAUUCCUGCCCGCUCAUCUGAACAACAAGCCCAUCUGCGACGACAUCAUCCGCAAGUUCUCACCGUCGAGGCGCCUGGAAUCGCGAGAGCUUGCCAAGCUUCUCGCCCAGCCGCAUUUUCGUGCUCUUUUGCGCGCCCAUGAUGAGAUAGGUGCACUCUACGAGCAACGACUUAAAGCUGCCGGUGGAUCCACCAGCCAACUAGAGAUCGCCAGCCAACGCCAAUCGGGAGGCUACCUGUUCACCGAGGACGUGCUCAACACCAAGAUGCCAGUGGAGACCAUCAAGAUGGUGGGUCUGCGCCGAGAUCCCAACAAGCCGCUCGGCCUGACCGUCGAACUGGACGAGUUCAAGCAGCUGGUGGUGGCCAGGAUUCUGGCGGGUGGAGUGAUCGACAAACAGAGCAUGCUGCAUGUCGGAGAUGUCAUCCUGGAGGUGAACGGCACCUCAGUUCGAACACCCGAUGAGCUGCAGGUGGAGGUGUCGCGGGCCAAGGAGAAUCUCACCCUGAAGAUCGGACCCAACGUGGACGAGGAGAUCAAGAGCGGCCGCUACACUGUGAGUUGGGGUCAGGGAAAACAGAAUGGCAUCGCGAGUCUCGAGACGGGCAAGAAACUGACGUGCUACAUGCGUGCGCUAUUCACAUACAAUCCUUCUGAAGAUUCACUGCUGCCAUGCAGGGAUAUUGGAUUGCCCUUCAAAUCGGGCGACAUUUUGCAGAUCAUCAAUGUUAAGGAUCCCAACUGGUGGCAGGCCAAGAACAUAACUGCCGAAUCUGACAAAAUUGGACUCAUACCAUCUCAAGAGCUGGAGGAGCGGCGCAAAGCCUUUGUGGCCCCCGAGGCGGACUACGUUCACAAAAUUGGCAUUUGCGGGACAAGGAUCUCGAAGCGAAAGCGCAAGACCAUGUACCGAUCGGUGGCCAAUUGCGAGUUCGACAAGGCUGAGUUGCUGCUCUAUGAGGAGGUCACGCGAAUGCCACCGUUUCGCAGGAAAACCCUGGUUCUCAUCGGGGUUUCCGGAGUGGGAAGACGAACGCUCAAGAAUCGCCUGAUCAACAGCGAUGUGGACAAGUUCGGAGCGGUUAUUCCACAUACCAGUCGCCCCAAGCGCGCCUUGGAGGAGAACGGCAGUAGCUAUUGGUUCAUGGACCGGGAGGAGAUGGAAGAGGCCGUGAGGAACAACGAGUUCUUGGAGUACGGCGAGCACAAUGGCAAUCUGUACGGCACCCAUUUGCAGUCCAUCAAGGAUGUGAUUAAUAGUGGGCGUAUGUGCAUCCUGGAUUGUGCACCGAACGCCCUAAAGAUCCUGCACAACAGCCAGGAACUGAUGCCGUUUGUCAUCUUUGUGGCAGCGCCGGGCAUGGAUCAGCUCAAGACUAUCUAUGCGGAUCGCAGGGCCACGGGCUCCAACAGGAAUUUAUCUUUUGAUCGCCAGAGUUCCAUAAGAUUUAGCUCCAGACGCGCCCGUACGCUCGAGUCCCUAGCGUCCUUGUAUGAGGACGACGACCUGGUGGCCACUGUCGAGGAGAGCAGCUUCGUCCAGCGGAAGUACGAGAAAUACUUCGACAUGGUCAUCGUGAACGAGGACUUUGAUGAAACGUUCCGUCAGGUGGUGGAAACGCUGGAUCAGAUGAGCCACGAGGAGCAGUGGGUGCCUGUUAAUUGGAUCUACUAGAAGCUGAAAUCGAGACUUCACCGAUAACCUUUUGCAAUUUCUCCUUCUUGCAUAUAAAAGAAUAAAUACUAUAAAAUACGAA